CAGAAACGGGGAGAGGUGAGCAAAGCUGCCUCGGCAGACAGCACCACAGAAGGAACACCUACGGACGGAUUCACUGUCCUCUCCACCAAGAGUCUCUUCCUGGGUCAGAAGGUAGGUACCUCCGCCGCCACUCCGCUACACCUCGCAGCUUCUCCUCAUUUGAGAUUAACAAAGGGUUCCAUGCGUUCAGGGUGAUGUCGUUGAUAAUAGUGUAAUGAGGGAAAUAUGCCAGGAGCCAAGACAUUAUAGUGGAGAAUGUAGAGUGAUUGACGCCAUCUUAUGAAUAUCUGAAUAAUUUUUUUAUUUACUAAACAUUGUUUCCUCAUUUCCUAAACAACAUUCUUUUUUUUUUUUUUGGUAUACCGUUAUUUGUUUUGUGUAUAUAGAUGAUUUGUUCUGAAACUUUGACUAUGGCAGCAAAACGUAUAACAGUUUAUGGAUCAACCUUUCACCUAAAAAAAUAUGUUUCUCCAUGGCCAAUCAGCAUGUGUUUCCUGUAGGGUUCAUGUACAGUGCCUUCAGAUAGUAAUCAUACCCCUCAAUUUAUUCCAGAUUUUGUUGUUAGAGCCUGAAUUCAAAAUGGAUUAAAUAGUUUUUUUUUUCACCCAUCGACACACAAUGCCCCAUAAUGACAAAGUGAAGACAUGUUUUUAGACAUUUUUGCAAAUGUAUUGAAAAUGAAACUCAUAAAUAUUAAAUUUACAUAAGUAUUCACACCCCUGAGUCAAUACAUGUUGGAAUCACCUUUGGCAGUGAUUUACAGCUGUGAGUCUUUCUGGGUGAGUCUCUAAGGGCUUUGCGCACCUGGAUUGUACAAUAUUUGCACGUUAUUAUUUUUAAUAUUCUUCAAGCUGUCAAGUUGGAUGUUGAUCAUUGCUAGUCAGCCACUCAGGAACUUUUCAAUGUCGUCUUGGUAAUCAACUCCAGUGUAUAUUUGGCCUUGCGUUUUAGGUUAUUGUCCUGCUGAAAGGUGAAUUUGUCUCUGUCUGUUGGAAAGCAGACUGAACCAGGUUUUCCUCUAGGAUUUUGCCUGUGCUUAGCUCUAUUCCGUUUCUUUUUAUCCUAAAAAAACUCCCUAUGACUUGCCGAUGACAAGCAUACCCAUAACAUGAUGCAGCCAACACCAUGCUUGAAAAUAUGAAGAGUGGUACUCCGUGAUGUGUUGUGUUGGAUUUGCCCCAAACAUAACACUUUGUAUUAGGGACAUACAUUUUUUGCAGUUUUAUAGUGCCUUAUUGCAAACAGGAUGCAUGUUUUGGAAUAUUUUUUUAUUCUGUACAGGCUUUUAUCUUUUCACUCUGUUAAUUUGGUUAGUAUUGUGGAGUAACUACAAUGUUGUUGAUCCAUCCUCAGUUUUCUCCUAUCACAGCCAUUAAACUCUGUAACUGUUUUAAAGUCACCACUGGCCUCAUGGUGAAAUCCCUGAGCGAUUUCCUUCAUCUCCGGCAACUGAGUUAGAAAGGACGCCUGUAUCUUUGUAGUAACUGGGUGUAUUGAUACACCAUCCAAAGUGUAAUUAAUAACUUCACCAUGCUCAAAGGGAUAUUCAUUUUCAGCAUAAAAAAAAAAAACUUUUACCCAUCUACCAAUAGGUGCCCUUCUUUGCUUAUUGACUCAAGACAUUUCAUCUUUUAAUUUGUAAUUAAACGUAAUUCCACUUUUGCUAUUGUGGGGUAUUUUGUGUAGGCCAGUGACACAAAAUAUCAAUGUAAUCCAUUUUAAAUUCAGGCUGUAAGUAAUACGUUCUCAAGGCAUUGUAAAAGGAGGUCCUUCCAGUGUAGACUGUUAAACCAGUAACACCCCAUGAAUCCCAUGGGAUGCGUUCCAAAUGGCACCCCUAUUGCCUUUACAGUGCACUACUUUUGACCAGGGCACAUAGGUCUCUGGUCAAAAGUAGUGCACUAUAUAGGGACUAGGGUGCCAUUUAGGAUACAUCAUGGUUACUUCUACAGUUGAAGUCAGAUGUUUACAUACACUUAGGUUGGAGUCAUUAAAACUCGUUUUUCAACCACUCCACAAAUUACUUGUUAACAAACUAUAGUUUUGGCAAGUCGGUUAGGACAUCUACUUUGUGCAUGACACAAGUAAUUUUUCCAACAGUUGUUUACAGACAGAUUAUUUCACUUAUAAUUCACUGUAUCACAAUUCCAGUGGGUCAGAAGUUUACAUUAAGUUGACUGUGCCUUUUAAACAGCUUGGAAAAUUCCAGAAAAUGAUGUCAUGGCUUUAGAAGCUUCUGAUAGGCUAAUUGACAUCAUUUGAGUCAAUUGGAGGUGUACCUGUGGAUGUAUUUCAAGGCCUACCUUCAAACUCAGUGCCUCUUUGCUUGACAUCAUGGGAAAAUCAAAAGAAAUCAGCCAAGACCUCAGAAAAAAAUGGUAGACCUCCACAAGUCUGGUUCAUCCUUGGGAGCAAUUUCCAAACGCCUGAAGGUACCACGUUCAUCUGUACAAACAAUAGUAUGCAAGUAUAAACACCAUGGGACCACGCAGCCGUCAUACCGCUCAGGAAGGAGAUGCGUUCUGUCUCCUAGAGAUGCAAAUCAAUCCCAGAACAACAGCAAAGGAACUUGUGAAGAUGCUGGAGGAAACCGGUACAAAAUUAUCUAUAUCCAGUCCUAUAUCGACAUAACCUGAAAGGCCGCUCAGCAAGGAAGAAGCCACUGUUCCAAAACUGCCAUAAAAAGGCCUACGGUUUGCAACUGCACAUGAGGACAAAGAUCGUACUUUUUGGAGAAAUGUCCUCUGGUCUGAUGAAACAAAAAUAGAACUGUUUGGCCAUAAGGACCAUCGUUAUGUUUGGAGGAAAAAGGGGGGAGCCUGCAAGCCGAAGAACACCAUCCCAACCGUGAAGCACGGGGGUGGCAGCAUCAUGCUGUGGUGGUGCUUUGCUGCAGGAGGGACUGGUGCACUUCACAAAAUAGAUGGCAUCAUGAGGAAGGAAAAUUAUGUGGAUAUAUUGAAGCAACAUCUCAAGACAUCAGUCAGGAAGUUAAAGCUUGGUCGCAAAUGGGUCUUCCAAAUGGACGAAGACCCCAAGCAUACUUCCAAAGUUGUGGCAAAAUGGCUUAAGGACAACAAAGUCAAGGUAUUGGAGUGGCCAUCACAAAGCCCUGACCUCAUCUUAUAGAAAAUGUGUGGGCAGAACUGAAAAAGCGUGUGUGAGCAAGGAGGCCUACAAACCUGACUCAGUUACACCAGCUCUGUCAGGAGGAAUGGGCCAAAAUUCACCCAACUUAUUGUGGUAAGCUUGUGGAAGGCUACCCAAAAUGUUUGACCCAAGUUAAACAAUUUAAAGGCAAUGCUACCAAAUACUAAUUGAGUGUAUGUAAACUUCUGACCCACUGGGAAUGUGAUGAAAGAAAUAAAAGCUGAAAUAAAUAAUGAUAAUAAUAAUAAUAAAUAUUAUUCUGACAUUUCACAUUCUUAAAAUAAAGUGGUGAUCCUAACUGACCUAAGACAGGGCAUUUUUGCUAGGAUUAAAUGUCAGGAAUUGUGAAAAACUGAGUUUAAAUGUAUUUGGCUAAGGUGUAUGUUAACUUCCGACUUCAACUGUGCAUGUGUAUCUGAAAGGGGUUCCCCCCCCUCCCUCCUCGCUGCUGCUCCGCUGCAUUGAAGACAAUCAAGUGCUUUAUUUUCUUUGUUUACUUGCUGAUGUCACCUCGUACUUUGUCCUCGCAAACGUACGCUAACAAACCAGGCUGCCGCACAUGCGCUAAACUAACCAGUUAAUCUACAGUUAAACUACAGUUAAUCUACUGUAGAGUGGACGCUGCCAUAGCUGGCAGCUAGGAUGGUGUGAGUGAGAAGGUCUUUGUGGUUCGUGGUUCAUCAUGCACAACAAUGUCUAUUUGCUCGUUGAGCCUAUUUUGCAGUGAAGUGCCCCUUGUUGAAAGAAAGUUUGGAAAACAUCAGAAGUCGAUUGCUGUGUUUUAAUAUCUGUCCAAUGAUUUUAUGCCCAAUUCUAUAAAACAUUUUUGACCUCCUUUUUUAUAUAUUUUAGUUAGAUUUGAUGGAAAAUAAAUCUACAUUAAAUCAAUGGAAUUCAAAUAAUUUAGCUGCAGUAUGUGGUUGACCGUUAGAUGUUCUCCUGCUGUCAGGGCAGAGCAGUUGAUGAAGGAGCUAAUCACAGAUUGCUGCAUUUAGUUGAAAUCAAUGGAAAAUAAUGAAUCAAAUGAACGUCAUUAACCCUAAUUUACUGCUCACUGGUGGUGGGUUCUUCUGACUGAAAGCACACUUUAUUCAUUCAGAUCGAAGUACACGUUGUCUCACUUUGCUAAUUUAUUGGCUCUGUGUUGUCAGACACAAUGGGUGCGGGAAGAGACUCAAGUAUAAGUCUUCGUCCCAAACAUAGUAUUCAGGGUACCAUUUGAGGACGUAGCCCAAGUCAUUUAGUUGAUGUAAUGUAUCAGUGCCUCUUCCUUCUUUUUUAAAAUAGUUUUGUCUUUUGGAGAUUUCACAGUAGAAAUUAACCAGCAUGUAUUCAUUCAUGGAGAUAUCAAGUCAUUUUCUGGGCUAUUGUAAACAUUUUAUUUUGUUUUGAUAUCCACUCUCUGAUGGUGGUACUCUGGUUUGGGAUUGUUUUAUCCUUCUCUGCUUCUAAAUUCUAUGGGCAAUUUAUGUACCUCACUCCCAGUUGCCUAAAAUCUGAAGCACCUGGCUCAAUACUCAAUAACUACGUAAUCUGUUCGUUUUUCUAAAAGCCCAUGCAUGUCUUUCCAGUGCAGUGUCUCAAUCAAUAGUUUGUCUCAAACUAACAGGCUAAUGGGGUAACCAUUUUUAUUUUCUGCGAGGCUUGCUUUCUGAAUCCUGCACUCUUCUAAAUACUAUUUGGACCAAAUCAGUCCUACACUAAGCUGUGGUGUGAUCGAUCUAAUGGCUUUGCUCCCCCCCCCCCACCCCCUCCCUGCCUGCGGGUGGCAUGCUCUCUCCCCAGCUAAACCUGGUGCACAGUGAGGUCAGUAACUUGGCUGGCUUUGACGUGGAGGGGGUCAUCAACCCCACCAAUGCAGACAUUGACCUUAAAGAUGAUCUAGGUGAGCUCCCUUUCACUCUGCGGUUUGAAAGAUCCUUGAAUGCUGAACUUAAAUGGGAUACCAUCCCCAAAUUGAAUAUUUGUUAGAAACAAAUGGAUUUCUUCUGAAAAAUAAUACACACGUUGGAUCUCAGGCUUAUCCCUCAGAUGAAAUUCUAGGAUUUUGUCAAAUCUCUGCAGAGCAGUUGUCACCCCCCCUCUCUGCCUGUCUUGUCUGUCUCUGGAUUGGUCAGUCAUUCAGUCAGUCAGUCAGUCAGUCUCCCGUGGUCAGUCAGUCAGUCAGUCAGUCUCCCGUGGUCAGUCAGUCAGUCAGUCUCCCGUGGUCAGUCAGUCAGUCAGUCAGUCUCCCGUGGUCAGUCAGUCAGUCUCCCGGGGUGGGUCAGUCAGUCAGUCAGUCUCCCGGGGUCAGUCAGUCAGUCAGUCUCCCGGGGUCAGUCAGUCAGUCUCCCGUAGUCAGUCAGUCAGUCUCCCGUAGUCAGUCAGUCAGUCUCCCGUAGUCAGUCUCCCGUGGUCGGUCAGUCAGUCUCCCGUGGUCGGUCAGUCAGUCAGUCUCCCGUGGUCAGUCAGUCAGUCUCCCGUAGUCAGUCAGUCAGUCAGUCAGCCUCCUGUGGGCGGGCAGUCAGUCAGUCAGCCUCCUGUGGGCGGGCAGUCAGUCAGUCAGCCUCCUGUGGGCGGGCAGUCAGUCAGUCAGGCAGUCUCCUGUGGGCGGGCAGUCAGUCAGGCAGUCAGUCAGUCUCCUGUGGGCGGGUAGUCAGUCAGGCAGUCAGUCAGUCUCCUGUGGGCGGGCAGUCAGUCAGUCAGUCAGUCAGUCUCCUGUGGGCGGGCAGUCAGUCAGUCAGUCAGUCAGUCUCCUGUGGGCGGGCAGUCAGUCAGUCAGUCUCCUGUGGGCGGGCAGUCAGUCAGUCAGUCAGUCUCCUGUGGGCGGGCAGUCAGUCAGUCAGUCUCCUGUGGGCGGGCAGUCAGUCAGUGGGCGGGUAGUCAGUCAGUCUCCUGUGGGCGGGCAGUCAGUCAGUCAGUCUCCUGUGGGCGGGCAGUCAGUCAGUCAGUCAGUCAGUCAGUCAGUCAGUCAGUCUCCUGUGGGCAGGCAGUCAGUCAGUCAGUCUCCUGUGGGCGGGCAGUCAGUCAGUCAGUCUCCUGUGGGCGGGCAGUCAGUCAGUCAGUCUCCUGUGGGCGGGCAGUCAGUCAGUGGGCGGGUAGUCAGUCAGUCUCCUGUGGGCGGGUAGUCAGUCAGUCUCAUGUGGGCGGGCAGUCAGUCAGUCAGUCAGGCAGUCAGUCAGUCAGUCAGUCUCCUGUGGUCAGUCAGUCAGUCAGUCAGUCAGUCUCCUGUGGGCAGUCAGUCAGUCAGUCAGUCUCCUGUGGGCGGGCAGUCAGUCAGUCAGUCAGUCUCCUGUGGGUGGGCAGUCAGUCUCCUGUGGGCGGGCAGUCAGUCAGUGGGCGGGCAGUCAGUCAGUCAGUCAGUCUUCUGUGGUCAGUCGGUCAGUCUUCUGUGUUCCUGAAAGAAUAAAGAAGGAACACAUCACUCUCACCUCUCUCUUUCUUUCCCCCCGAUCCCUUUCUUUAUGUUUUAUGUUCUUCAUCUUCCCCUCCUCUUCCUCCUUCCCACUCACUGUGUUUUACCUCCAUGUUGACUGCCUGUUGUCAUUGUUUGUAGUUGCAAGUUGUUCAAGCCAACAUUUCCACCAUUGACUGCGAGGCUGUUGUUCACCCGACCAAUUCCACCCUCUACACUGGUGGUGAAGUAGGUAAUAGAACCCUCCCUCAUCACCAUGGGUACAAUGUGUUACCAUGCCGACACCUGUAGCAAAGCAUUCCAUAAUGCAUCUUCUUCCUCCUCUUAGACAAAUUUGUUCUCAGGGUGGAAUUCUAACUUUGGAUGAAGUGUAAUUCAGACUUUUGUGUUAAUCAUGCAUUGAUCAAUAAGAGAUUGACGUCAACGCAUGAGAGAUUGUCUGUUUAUGUUUCUGGAUCUGAAGUUUUGUUUCCAACAACAACCACAACAACAAAGUAUAGUUGAUAUAGUAGUUCCUAGCCAUACUAUGUUUAUUAAAAUAAACCUUUAUUGAACCACCAAUUACUGUGUAACAAACUAAUAACUUCCAAAGAGCAGACUUCAUCAUGUUUUCUUUGGUAGGCUCUGUUGUGUCACUAUUGGAUGAAGUAGUUGGAAGAACAUGCACCAAUGCUUUGUGUUUUACUAACCUCUAAAAAGCCUCAAUUCGUUUUUUUUAAAAUAGAUGUUCUUCCAUCUGCCUGCCUUUCCCUUGAUUUGUUUUGUGUGGAUGAUUUUGUAAACACUCUGAUCCAUUCAACUCCUCCUCCUCCUCUCUGAUUAUCUGCCUGCAUCACUUCCCACUGUUAGAAGGGCUGACCAGAAGGGAAUCCAUGCUAAAUCUGAAAUGUAGCACACAGGAAGUGUCUGAAAAUGUCACCAUCUGAUCAAGUGGAAAGGAAAAGCCUACUACAGCAGCAGUAGUAGUAGUAGUAGUAGUAGCUAGAUAAUGACUAGUUAAUAACUAGUAGUAAUAUUUAGUUGCUUUAUACACGGAGUGUACAAAACAUUAAUAACAACUUCCUAAUAGUGAGUUGCACCCCCCUCCUUUUGCCCUCAGAACAAUUCGUCGGGGCAUGGACUACAUGGUGUCUAAAGCGUUCCACAGGGAUGUUGGCCCAUGUUGACACAGGGAUGCUGGCCCAUGUUGACUCCGACGCUUCCCACAGUUGUGUCAAGUUGGUGGACCAUUCUUGAUUCAAACAGGAAACUGUUGAGUGUGGAAAAACCUACAGUGGGGAAAAAAAAGUAUUUUGUCAGCCACCAAUUGUGCAAGUUCUCCCACUUAAAAAGAUGAGAGAGGCCUGUAAUUUUCAUCAUAGGUACACGUCAACUAUGACAGACAAAUUGAGAAAAAGAAAUCCAGAAAAUCACAUUGUAGGAUUUGUAAUGAAUUUAUUUGCAAAUUAUGGUGGAAAAUAAGUAUUUGGUCAAUAACAAAAGUUUCUCAAUACUUUGUUAUAUACCCUUUGUUGGCAAUGACACAGGUCAAACGUUUUCUGUAAGUCUUCAAGGUUUUCACACACUGUUGCUGGUAUUUUGGCCCAUUCCUCCAUGCAGAUAUCCUCUAGAGCAGUGAUGUUUUGGGGCUGUCGCUGGGCAACACAGACUUUCAACUACCUCCAAAGAUUUUCUAUGGGGUUGAGAUCUGGAGACUGGCUAGGCCACUCCAGGACCUUGAAAUGCUUCUUACGAAGCCACUCCUUCGUUGCCUGGGCGGUGUGUUUGGGAUCAUUGUCAUGCUGAAAGACCCAGCCACGUUUCAUCUUCAAUGCCCUUGCUGAUGGAAGGAGGUUUUCACUCAAAAUCUCAUGAUACAUGGCCCCAUUCAUUCUUUCCUUUACACGGAUCAGUCGUCCUGGUCCCUUUGCAGAAAAACAGCCCCAAAGCAUGAUGUUUCCACCCCCAUGCUUCACAGUAGGUAUGGUGUUCUUUGGAUGCAACUCAGCAUUCUUUGUCCUCCAAACACGACGAGUUGAGUUUUUACCAAAAAGUUAUAUUUUGGUUUCAUCUGACCAUAUGACAUUCUCCCAAUCCUCUUCUGGAUCAUCCAAAUGCACUCUAGCAAAACUUCAGACGGGCCUGGACAUGUACUGGCUUAAGCAGGGGGACACGUCUGGCACUGCAGGAUUUGAGUCCCUGGCGGCGUAGUGUGUUACUGAUGGUAGGCUUUGUUACUUUGGUCCCAGCUCUCUGCAGGUCAUUCACUAGGUCCCCCCGUGUGGUUCUGGGAUUUUUGCUCACCGUUCUUGUGAUCAUUUUGACCCCACGGGGUGAGAUCUUGCGUGGAGCCCCAGAUCGAGGGAGAUUAUCAGUGGUCUUGUAUGUCUUCCAUUUCCUAAUAAUUGCUCCCACAGUUGAUUUCUUCAAACCAAGCUGCUUACCUAUUGCAGAUUCAGUCUUCCCAGCCUGGUGCAGGUCUACAAUUUUGUAUCUGGUGUCCUUUGACAGCUCUUUGGUCUUGGCCAUAGUGGAGUUUGGAGUGUGACUGUUUGAGGUUGUGGACAGGUGUCUUUUAUACUGAUAACAAGUUCAAACAGGUGCCAUUAAUACAGGUAACGAGUGGAGGACAGAGGAGCCUCUUAAAGAAGAAGUUACAGGUCUGUGAGAGCCAGAAAUCUUGCUUUUUUGUAGGUGACCAAAUACUUAUUUUCCACCAUAAUUUGCAAAUAAAUUCAUUAAAAAUCCUACAAUGUGAUUUUCUGGAAUUUGUCUGUCAUAGUUGACGUGUACCUAUGAUGAAAAUUACAGUCCUCUCUCAUCUUUUUAAGUGGGAGAACUUGCACAAUUGGUGGCUGACUAAAUACUUUUUUUCCCCCACUGUAGCAGCAUUGCAGUUCUUAACACAAACAUGUGUGCCUGGCACCUACUACCAUACCCCGUUCAAAGGCACUUCAAUCUUUUGUCUUGCCCAUUCACCCUCUGAAUGGCACACAUACACAAUCCAUGUCUCAAUUUUCUCAAGGCUUAAAAAUAAUUAUUGAACCUGUCUCUUCCCCUUCAUCUACACGGAUUGAAGUGGAUUUAACAAGUGACAUCAAUAAGGGAUCAUAGCUUUCACCUGGAUUCACUUGGUCAGUCUGUCAUGGAAAGAGCAGGUGUUCUUAAUGUUUUGUACCCUCCGUGUACAUGGGAACUGUGGUGAACAGUGGGGCGAAGAGAUUCAGAGGUCAAAUGAGAGAAGUCUUGCCUCUCUCUCACAGCUCUCACUCAGCUCAGACCCAGAUGCAUGUCUGCUGUCUGUCCGCUUGUCCGUCCCUCUACCUCUGUCUGUCUGUCUGCACUCACAACAACAACAACAACAACAACAACAACAACAACAACAGGAGGAGGACACUAAAGACCCCAGACUGUUUCCCUACAGGUGGUGCUCUGGAGAAGAAGGGAGGGGAGGAGUUUGUAGAUGCCAUGCUGGAGUUACGGAAGAAGAACGGCCCCCUGGAGGUGGCUGGAGGUAGGGAGAAACCAAGACCAACCGUUAGGAUGGCUGGAGGUGGGGAGAAACCAAGACCAACCGUUAGGAUGGCUGGAGGUAGGGAGAAACCAAGACCAACAGUUAGGAUGGCUGGAGGUAGGGAGAAACCAAGACCAACCGUUAGGAUGGCUGGAGGUAGGGAGUGUCCAGUGAUUGGCACAGGUGGAAGUUCCAACUCAAACCAUGAUCAUAUUGUAGCUAACAGGCGAGGAUGGACCUGCACAGCAUGGGGGGUUCUGAAUGACUCCUGUUAGGUCACUACAUCACAACCUAAUUAGAUUAUGAAGAUUUAGGUCUGAUUGUAAUCAACGUUGCACCAACCUGAUGAGCAUCUUUUUCGUCAAGACAUUUGACUCAAUAGCCUAUGGUUUAGGUAAGAUCUAGCUGUGAUCAUGACAUCCCUGUAAGGUAAGAUCUAGCUGUGAUCAUGACAUCCCUGUAAGGCAAGGUUCUUCAAUUCCGGUCCUGGAGGGCCGAAACACUUCUGUUUUUUAUUUUUUACCUGGUAGUUAAUUGCACUCACCUGGUGUCCCAGGUCUGAAUUAGCCCCUGAUUAGAAGGAGAGGAUGAAAAACAGAGGUGUUUCGGCCCUCCAGGACCGGAAUUGAAGAACCCUGCUGUAAGGUAAGAUCUAGCUGUGAUCAUGACAUCCCUGUAAUAUCUUCAAAACCUCUUUCUUGUCCAUAGACUGCUUACAGGGUAAGGAAACCAAUGGAAUUUUGUCAUUUUGGUGAACUAUCUCUUUAAUCCUGAAACAUUUGAAGAGCGACUGAUGAAAAAGACAAUCAUAAUUAACACCCCCUCUAUACGUCAUUCAUCAUUAACUCACCCUCUGUACAGUGAGUCAUUCAUCAUUAACUCACCCUCUGUACAGUGAGUCAUUCAUCAUUAACUCACCCUCUGUACAGUCAGUCAGUCAUCAUUAACUCCCCCUCUAUACAGUCAGUCAAUAACUCCCCCUCUAUACAGUCAGUCAGUCAUCAUUAACUCCCCCUCUAUACAGUCAGUCAGUCAUCAUUAACUCCCCCUCUACACAGUCAGUCAUCAAUUACUCUCCCUCUAUACAGUCAGUCAUCAUUAAUAAUCCCUCUAUACAGUCAGUCAUCAUUAACUCUCCCUCUAUACAGUCAGUCAGUCAUCAUUAACUCUCCCGCUAUACAGUCACAGUCAUCAUAAACUCUCCCUCUAUACAGUCAGUCAGUCAUCAUUAACUCUCCCUCUAUACAGUCAGUCAGUCAUCAAUUACUCUCCCUCUAUACAGUCAGUCAUCAUUAAUAAUCCCUCUAUACAGUCAGUCAUCAUUAACUCUCCCUCUAUACAGUCAGUCAUCAAUUACUCUCCCUCUAUACAGUCAGUCAUCAUUAACUCUCCCUCUAUACAGUCAGUCAGUCAGUCAUCAUUAACUCCCCCUCUAUACAGCCAGUCAGUCAUCAUUAACUCUCCAUCUAUAAAAUCAGUCAGUCAUCAUUAACUCUCCCUCUAUACAGUCAGUCAGGCAUCAUUAACUCUCCCUCUCUACAGUCAGUCAGGCAUCAUUAACUCCACUUCUCUACAGUCAGUCAUCAUUAAUAAUCCCUCUAUACAGUCAGUCAUCAUUAACUCCCCCUCUAUACAGUCAGUCAGUCAUCAUUAACUCUCCCUCUAUACAGUCAGUCAGGCAUCAUCAUUAACUCUCCCUCUAUACAGUCAGUCAUCAUUAAUAAUCCCUCUAUACAGUCAGUCAUCAUUAACUCUCCCUCUAUACAGUCAGUCAGUCAUCAUUAACUCUCCCUCUAUAAAGUCAGUCAUCAUUAACUCUCCCUCUAUAAAGUCAGUCAUCAUUAACUCCCCCUCUAUACAGUCAGUCAUCAUUAACUCCCCCUCUAUACAGUCAGUCAUCAUUAACUCCCCCUCUAUACAGUCAGUCAGGCAUCAUUAACUCUCCCUCUAUACAGUCAGUCAGUCAUCAUUAACUCUCCCUCUAUACAGUCAGUCAGUCAUCAUUAACUCCCCCUCUAUACAGUCAGUCAUCAUUAACUCCCCCUCUAUACAGUCAGUCAUCAUUAACUCUCCCCCUAUACAGUCAGUCAGGCAUCAUUAACUCUCCCUCUAUACAGUCAGUCAGUUAUCAUUAACUCCCUCUAUAAAAUCAGUCAGGCAUCAUUAACUCUCCCUCUAUACAGUCAAUCAGGCAUCAUUAACUCCACUCGUCUACAGUCAGUCAUCAUUAAUAAUCCCUCUAUACAGUCAGUCAUCAUUAACUCCCCCUCUAUACAGUCAGUCAGUCAUCAUUAACUCCCCCUCUAUACAGUCAGUCAGUCAUCAUUAACUUUCCCUAUAUACAGUCAGUCAUCAUUAAAUCUCCCUCUAUACAGUCAGUCAUCAUUAAAUCUCCCUCUAUACAGUCAGUCAUCAUUAACUCUCCCUCUAUAAAGUCAGUCAUCAUUAACUCCCCAUCUAUACAGUCAGUCAUCAUUAACUCCCCCUCUAUACAGUCAGUCAUCAUUAACGCCCCCUCUAUACAGUCAGUCAUCAUUAACUCCCCCUCUAUACAGUCAGUCAGUCAUCAUUAACUCCCCCUCUAUACAGUCAGUCAGUCAUCAUUAACUCUCCCUCUAUACAGUCAGUCAGUCAUCAUUAACUCCCUUUAUACACUGUCAGUCAUCAUUAACUCCCCCUCUAUACACUCAGUCAGUCAUCAUUAACUCCCCUCUAUACAGUCAGUCAUCAUUAACUCCCCCUCUAUACAGUCAGUCAGUCAUCAUUAACUCCCCCUCUAUACAGUCAGUCAGUCAUCAUUAACUCCCCCUCUAUACAGUCAGUCAGUCAUCAUUAACCCCCCUCAUUACCCCCCUCCGUCAGUCAUCAUCUUAACUCCCCCUCUAUUACAGUCAGUCAGUCAUCAUUAACUCCCCCUCUAUACAGUCAGUCAGUCAUCAUUAACUCCCCCUCUAUACAGUCAGUCAGUCAUCAUUAACUCCCCCUCUAUACAGUCUGUCAGUCAUCAUUAACUCCCCCUCUAUACAGUCUGUCAGUCAUCAUUAACUCUCCCUCUAUACAGUCAGUCAGUCAUCAUUAACUCUCCCUCUAUACCUCAGUCAGUCAUCAUUAACUCUCCCCUCUAUACCUCAGUCAGUCAUCAUUAACUCCCCCUCUAUACAGUCAGUCAGUCUCAUUAACUCCCCCUCUAUACAGUCAGUCAGUCAUCAUUAACUCCCCCUCUAUACAGUCACGUCAGUCAUCAUUAAACUCCCCCUCUAUACCAGUCAGUCAGUCAUCAUUAACUCCCCCUCUAUACAGUCAGUCCAGUCAUCAUUAACUCCCCCUCUAUACAGUCAGUCCGUCAUCAUUAACUCCCCCUCUAUACAGUCUGUCAGUCAUAUUAACUCCCCCUCUAUACAGUCUGUCAGUCAUCAUUAACUCCCCCUCUAUACAGUCUGUCAGUCAUCAUUAACUCCCCCUCUAUACAGUCUGUCAGUCAUCAUUAACUCCCCCUCUAUACAGUCAGUCAGUCAUCAUUAACUCCCCCUCUAUACAGUCAGUCAGUCAUCAUUAACUCCCCCUCUAUACAGUCAGUCAGUCAUCAUUAACUCCCCCUCUAUACAGUCAGUCAGUCAUCAUUAAACUCCCCUCUAUACAGUCGUUCAGUCAUCAUUAACUCCCCCUCUAUACAGUCUGUCAGUCAUCAUUAACUCUCCCUCUAUACAGUCAGUCAGUCAUCAUUAACUCUCCCUUUAUACACUCAGUCAUUCAUCAUUAACUCCCCCUCUAUACAGUCAGUCAGUCAUCAUUAACUCCCCUUCUAUACAGUCAGUCAUCAUUAACUCCCCCUCUAUGACUGAUACAGUCAGUCAGUCAGUCAUCAUGAACUCUCCCUCUAUAAAAUCAGUCAGUCAUUCCCCCCCCCCCCCUCCCCCCCAUAUCCUUAUUAACAUGAACUCUCUCUUUAUACACUGUCAGUCAUCAAUUACUACCCCUCUAUACAGUCAGUCAUCAUUUAACUCCCCUCUAUACAGUCAGUCAUCAUUAACUCCCCCUCUAUACAGUCAGUCAGUCAUCAUCUUAACUCCCCUCUAUACAGUCAGUCAUCAUUAACUCCCCUCUAUACAUCAGUCAUCAUCAUUAACUCCCCUCUAUACAGUCAGUCAUCAUUAACUCCCCUCUAUACAGUCAGUCAUCAUUAACUCCCCUCUAUACAGUCAGUCAUCAUUAACUCCCUCUCUAUACAUCGUCAUUCAUCAUUACUCCCCUCUAUACAGUGUCAUAUUAACUCCCCUCUAUACAUCAGUCAGUCAUCAUUAACUCCCUCUAUACAGUCAGUCAUCAUUAAACUCCCCCUCUAUACAGUCAGUCAGUCAUCAUUAACUCUCCCUCUAUACAGUCAGUCAGUCAUCAUUAACUCCUUCUAUACAUCGUCAGUCAUCAUUACUCUCCCUCUAUACAGUCAGUCAUCAUUAACUCCCCCUCUAUACAGUCAGUCAUCAUCAUUAACUCUCCCUCUAUACAGUCGUCAGUCAUCAUUAACUCUCCCUCUACAGUCAGUCAGUCAUCAUUAACUCCCCCUCUAUACAUCGUCAGUCAUCAUUAACUCCCCUCUAUACAGUCAGUCAGUCAAUUAACUCCCCUUACACCGUCAGUCAGUCAUCAUUAACCCCCUCUAUACAGUCAGUCAUCAUUAACUCCCCUCUAGUCAGUCAUCAUAACUCCCUCUUACGUCAGUCAUCAUUAACUCUCCCUCUAUACAGUCAGUCAGUCAUCAUUAACUCCCCUCUAUAGCAGUCAGUCAUCAUUAACUCCCCUCUACAGUCAGUCAGUCAUCAUUAACUCCCCCCUAUUACAGUCGUCAGUCAUCUUAACUCCCUCUAUACAGUCAGUCAGUCAUCAUUAAAUCCCCUCUAUAAGUCAGUCAUCAUUAACUCCCCCUAUAUACAGUCAGUCAUCAUUAACUCCCCCUCUAUUACAGUCAGUCAGUCAUCAUUAACUCCCUCUAUACAGUCGUCAGUCAUCAUUAACUCCCCCUAAACGUCAGUCAGUCAUCAUUAACUCCCCUCUAUACAGUCAGUCAUCAUUAACUCCCCCUCUAUACAGUCAGUCAGUCAUCAUAACUCCCCUCUAUACAGUCAGUCAGUCAUCAUUAACUCUCCCUCUAUACAGUCAGUCAGUCAUCAUUAACUCCCCUCUAUACAUCAGUCAUUCAUCAUUAACUCUCCCUCUAUACAGUCUGUCAGUCAUCAUUAACUCCCCUCUAUACAUGUCAGUCAUCAUUAACUCUCCCUCUAUACAGUCAGUCAGUCAUCAUUAACCUCCCUUUAUACAGUCAGUCAUCAUUAACUCCUCCCCUAUACAGUCAGUCAUCAUUAACUCUCCCUCUACACAGUCAGUCAUCAUUAACUCCCCUCUUACACUCAGUCAUCAUUACUCCCCUCUAUACAGUCAGUCAGUCAUCAUUAACUCCCCUCUAACAAGUCAGUCAUCAUUAACUCCCCUCAUACAGUCAAUUUCAGUCAUUAACUCUCCCUCUAUACAGUCAGUCAUCAUUAACUCCCCUCUUUACAAUCAGUCAGUCAUCAUUACCUCUCCCUCUAUACAGUCAGUCAGUCAUCAUGAACUCUCCCUAUAAUCAGUCAUAUCAUUAACUCUCCCUCUAUACAGUCAGUCAGUAACAUUAACUCUCCCCUUAACAUUCAGUCAUCAUUAACUCCCCUCUAUACAGUCAGUCAUCAUUAACUCCCCCCUAUACAGUCAGUCAUCAUUAACUCUCCCUCUAUACAGUCAGUCAUCAUUAACUCUCCCUCUAUUCAUCAGUCAGUCAUCAUUAACUCUCCCUCUAUACAGUCAGUCAGUCAUCAUGAACUCUCCCUCUAUACAGUCUCAGUCAUCAUUAACUCUCCCUCUACACAGUCAGUCAUCAUUACUCUCCCCUUACACAGUCAUCAUUAACUCUCCCUUAACAUCAGUCAGUCAUCAUUAACUCCCUCUAUACAGUCAGUCAGUCAUUAACUCUCCCCUAUACAGUCAGUCAUCAUAUAACUCUCCCCUAUACAGUCAGUCAUCAUUAACUCUCCCUCUAUACAGUCACAGAUCAUUAACUCUCCCUCUAUACACAGUCAUCAUUAACUCUCCCUCUACAGUCAGUCAGUCAUCAUUACCUCUCCCGCUAUACAGUCAUUCUGUCAGUCAUCAUUAACUCUCCCUCUAUACAGUCAAGUCAUCAUUAACUCUCCCCUAAGCAUCAGUCAGUCAUCAUUAAUUCCCCCUCUAUACAGUCAGUCAUCAUUAACUCCCUCUAUACAGUCAGUCAUCAUUAACUCUCCCUCUAUAUCAGUCAGUCAUCAUUAAACUCUCCCUCUAUACAGUCAGAUCAUUAACUCUCCCCUCUAUACAUCAGUCAUCAUCAUAUAACCUCCUCCCCUCAUUACAUCAUCAGUCAGUAACUUCUUAACUCCACCUUAACAGUCAGUCAUCAUUAACUCCCCCUCUAUACAGCAGUCAUCAUUAAUCCCCUUAUCAGUCAGUCAGUCAUCAUUAACUCCCCCUCUAUCAGUCAGUCAUCAUUAACUCCCCUCUGUAAAGUCAGUCAUCACUCCCCUCUAGUCAUCGUCAUCAUUAACCUCCCCUUAUACAGCUCAGUCAUCAUUACUCUCCCCUAUAAUCAGUCAGUCAGUCAUUAACUCUCCCUCUAUACAGUCAGUCAGUCUCAUUAAUCCCCUCAUACGUCAGUCUCAUUAAUCCCUUAUUACAGUCAGUCAGUCACAUUAACUCCCCCUCUAUACAGUCAGUCAUCACUUAACUCCCCUCUAUACAGUCAGUCAUCAUUAACUCUCCCUCUAUACAGUCAGUCAGUCAUCAUUAACUCUCCCUUUAGUCAGUCAGUCAUCAUUAACUCUCCCUCUAUAAUGUCAGUCAUCAUAACUCUCCUCUAUACAGUCGUCAGUCAUUAUUAAACUCCCCUCUAUACAGUCAGUCAGUCAUCAUUAACUCCCCCUCUAUACAGUCAGUCAGUCAUCAUUUAACUCUCCCCCUCUAUACGUCAGUCAGUCGUCAUUAACUCUCCCUCUAUACAGUCAGUCAGUCAUCAUUAACUCCCCCUCUAUACAGUCAGUCAGUCAUCAUUAACUCUCCCCUCUAUACAGUCAGUCAGUCAGUCAUUAACUCCCCUCUAACAGUCAGGUCGAUCAUUAACUCCCUCUAUACAGUCAGUCAGUCAUCAUUAACUCUCCCUCUAUACAGUCAGUCAGUCAUCAUUAACUCUCCCUCAUACAGUCAGUCAGUCAUCAUUAAUCCCCUCUUACAGUCAGUCAGUCAUCAUUAACUCUCCCUCUAUACAGUCAGUCAGUCUCAUUAACUCCCCCUCUAUACAGUCAGUCAGUCAUCAUUAACUCCCCUCUAUACAGUCAGUCAGGUAUCAUUAACUCCCCUCUCAUAGGUCAGUCCAGUCAUCAUAACUCCCCCUCUAUACAGUCAGUCAGUCAUCAUUAACUCCCCCUCUAUACAGUCAGUCAGUCAUCAUUAACUCCCCCUCUAUACAGUCAGUCAGUCAUCAUUAACUCCCCCUCUAUACAGUCAGUCAGGCAUCAUUAACUCUCCCUCUAUACAUCAGUCAGUCAUCAGUUCCCCUUAUACAGUCAGUGUCAGCUCAUUAACUCUCCCUCUAUACAGUGUCAGUCAUCAUUAACUCUCCCUCUAUACAGUCAGUCAGUCAUCAUUAACUCUCCCUCUAUACAGUCAGUCAGUCAUCAUUAACUCUCCCUCUAUACAGUCAGUCAGUAAAUGCGCUCAGUAAAUCAUGUUCAAGUCACACCAUAUCUGGCUCUCCGCCUCCAUCUGGAGAUCAACUUUUUUGGUUAACUUUGUCUUAAGCCAGUCCAGGCCAGUCACACGCUCACAGAGGCCUAAUGAAGUCCAAAUGGAGGGUAUUUCACUUCACAGCAUCAGGGCUUUCAGAUGAGUUAGUGUGGGGAGAGGGGGAGGGGGCUUUCCUGAUGCUGUGUGCUCCAGAGAUGAACACAGUCACUCAAUUACCUCCAGCCCUGAGGGGGGGGGGAAAGUGUCUCUCUCUCUCUCCUUCCCUCCCCCUUGCCUCUCUCUUUCUCUGGCGGCCCACCUUUCAUGCGGCUUCCAAGAGCUCAGUCCCUCUGGAGAAUUGAUUUCUCCAACCCUCCUCGUCUAUUUCCCUGGUAUCAGCAGCAUCAAGCUAUCGGAGCAUUCCCCCCUCCCCCCUUCUUUCUCUUCUCUCUUUCCUUAUUCAUUAUUUGACAUGAAUGUUGUAAUUGUGUAUCGUGAGUGUGAAUUUGCAAUAUGUCAGUAUUUUGGAAUUCUUCUGUCAGUUUUCUUCACACUUAGGGGAAAAUUCAACACAUGCGGAAGAAGGCUAAUACUCAUUUCUGUCUCACUUUCUCUCUCUCUCCUCUCUGUUUCUCUCUCUCCUCUCUGUUUCUCUCUCUCCUCUCUGUUUCUCUCUCUCUCCUCUCUGUUUCUCUCUCUCUCUUCUGCCUCUCUGUCUUCAUCUGGUAGCGGUGCUGUCCUCUGGCUAUGGACUCCCUGCCAAGUUUGUGAUCCACUGCAACAGUCCAGGCUGGGGUUCGGACAAGUGUGAGGAACUGCUGGAGAAGACUGUGAAGAACUGCCUGGCCCUGGCUGACGAGAAGAAGCUCAAGUCUGUGGCCUUCCCUUCGAUUGGCAGUGGAAGGUACUAUAUAACCUCCCCUCCCCUAGCAACAAGCCUCAACACGCUCCUAAGGCCUUUGUGUCUCCAUGGUAUCCAUCCACAUGGUUAUCACCAUGAUGCUUGUCACCAUGAAAAGCAUGCUACUUCAUUUUACUGUUUUGGUUGAAGUAAUGGUUGUCACAUUAAGGUAUGAUCCAUACGUUGGUAUAGUAGUAUGUAAUAUGGCUUGCUGUGAUACAGUAAAAAUGUAUGCACACAUGACUGUAAAAGUCGCUUUGGAUAAAAGCGUCUGCUAAAUGGCAUUAUUAUUAUUAUUAUUAUUAUUAUUAUUAUUAUUAUUAUUAUUAUUAUUAUUGUGAUGUAUUGAAAAUGACUAUCACUUUAGGAUGUCAAUUCACCAACCUUAACAGUCCCAUUUCUCCUGAUAACUUAAGGAAAAGCUUUACAACUAACAAUUUGACACUUACUGUCGUCAUAAUCAGUUAUUUGACCCUUUUGUCCUGAUCUUCAUCUACUCAUGAAUGGUUUGUUUUAGUUUUUCUAUAUUGCUUGUCUCUUUCCCCCCCUCGAUAUUCUUUAUGUAAUGAAAAGCGCUAUAAAAGUGAAAUAAAUGAAUAUAAUUGUAUUAUUAUUAUUUCUUCCCUCAGGAAUGGCUUCCCGAAGCAGACGGCUGCCCAGCUCAUUUUGAAAGCCAUCUCCAGCUACUUUGUUGCCACCAUGUCCUCUUCCAUCAAGACGGUUUACUUUGUGCUGUUCGACAGCGAGAGCAUAGGGAUCUAUGUGCAGGAAAUGGCCAAGCUCGACACAAACUAA